AUGUCAAUCAAGUCAAUUUUCUUCCUUUUUCUCAUCCCAUCGGGUCUUCUAAGUCUCCCCCUUUACAAUCCUCUCCCAAAAAUCCUCCUAAAUCCACGAGAUUGUCCUUUAAACGCUUGCGAAGUCAUCAAAAUCUUCGCCGAGCACCUUUUCAACGCGAAAAUCUUCGAAGCCAUCAACAAAAAUCAAAAUCGCUUCCAGCCCGCCACGCGAAUCGACGCAUCCACGGAAGAUUUGCUCAACGUUCAGCAAUGGGAACGUCAACGCGAACUCGAAACGCGUCUCUUGGAGGUCGAGCGACGUUUGCGUUCCGUCGAGCAGCCAAUUUGGAAGAUUAAUUCCGCCUCCGUCGAUGCUUGGGAUCGUUGCACGGAAGGAAUUUGUCGCUGCCACGCCACAAUUAAGAGUUUAUCUUGUUGGAGAAGUGACUUGCUCCAUUUGCCGCCAUUGCAAGUCAUUCCGAUGAACAUGAUGAAAAUCGAUUUAUCCGCAAAUCGACUCAGUACGCUGAACAAAGACUCGUUCAAGAGGUUGACGCACUUGGUUGAAUUGGAUAUUUCGAGCAAUCAGUUGGAUUAUCUGCCGUUUGAUGUGUUUGAGGAUCAGGAUAGCUUGGAAAUUUUACGUCUCCAAAAGAAUAAAAUUGAACUUUUCGACUACCGCCUCUUCCUGAAACUGCGAAAUCUCGUAAUUUUGGAUGCCAGCGACAACCAAAUUCAUUCAUUACCGGAGAAUUUGUUCGAUUCCAUCCGAAAAGUGACUGCCAUUAACUUAUCUCACAACAAAAUUGAAAAUUUUCCAUCGAACUUGUUACGAGAAUCAACCGAUUUGGAGGAAUUUGACAUUUCUAAGAACAAAAUUAAGGAAUUAAAAGCAACAACAUUUGAUCGUCUCACAAAAUUACGUCAUUUGAUCCUCUCGGAGAACCAAAUUGAAAAAAUCGACGAAGAAGUUUUCCAUCAUCAAAUUUCGUUGGAAAAGCUCGUUCUUUACGGAAAUCGUUUGAAAUUCAUCCCAGACAAGCUUUUUGUGAACCUAACAAGUCUUUUGAAGCUUGAUUUGCAUCGCAAUUUGAUAUCAAAAAUCUCGUCAAAUGCGUUUUUAGCACUUACAAAACUUGAGGAUCUGAAUUUGGGACAAAAUAAUUUAGCGACAUUGGCAGAAGGAUUGUUUUUAGCCAUGAAGUGCUUGAAGAAGCUGACUUUAUUUUCGAAUAAUUUUACGAGGUUGGAGAAAAAUGCAUUUAAUGGAUUGGAAAAUGUAUCGAAUUUGCUGCUGAAUAACAAUAAUUUGAAGGAUUUUGAUAAUGAAGUGUUUGUGCCGUUGAAGAAUUUGGCGAAAUUACGUCUCGACUCCAACAAACUCAUGUUCCUGCCCAGCAAAUCCUUGGAUCACAAUCCCAAGCUCUUAUCCGUCAAAUUAGGCAAAAAUCCAUGGCAUUGCGAUUGUCGCGCCAUCUACCUUGCUCGAUGGCUUCGUGUAAACGGCACCAAAUUAUGGGAUGGCGAACCUACUUGUCGCGGUCCGGGGGAGUUAAGCGGACAAUCGUUGAUCACUUUGCGCUUUAUUCACAUCUGCGAAGGACAAUGGGCUGCCAUGGUGAGCUUAUCGCCUCGCUUACCGAUUCGCAAACAAUCAAUUACGGGUCAAUUCGAAGAGCAACCCGAUUUUUUGUGGUUUUUGGAUUCGACAACGGAGAAAAUGUCGCCGAGUUCGACGACAAGUGACACUCCGGUUUAUGAGGAUUACUAAAAAGUGUUAUUUAUUGUGCCCAAAAAAAUUGUUUAAAAGAAAAAUUAGAUUAAAAUUAUU